GUCGAAAAUUUCGUUUUCCUGCUCCUAUUCUUCUCCCAUACUUUCUGCUCGAUUCGGACACCAUUCUUUCGUCGAUCCUCUACGUGUCCCGCCCCUGUUUGAGGCUUUCCAGGAUCGAGGACGGACGGGGAUAAGUACCGCGAGCUCUUUUGUUCCGACGCCCGUUUACGCUACCUCAAUGGGCCCUGGCCAUGAAUGGCCUGAACGCCACAAUCCCUGAGGACGUUCGCGCCCAAGCGAACGUGGAGGUGUAUGAGUUGAGGACCACAUUUUACGUGGGCCUGGCCAGUUACACUGUAUUGUUAUAUGACCACUUCCUCACCCUCGGUGACGAGGUGAAAUACAUAUGGAUGAAGAGGAAACGAAGUCCACUCGUUUGGCUAUUCUUUCUUAAUCGCUAUUUGACGCCGCUUGCCUUCAUUGGUAACUUAUACGCAUAUUUCUCUAACACUCUCGACUACGACAAAUGUAAACACUUUGUACGAUACGAAGGCGCGACGACGGUCAUUGGCAUCAACAUCGCGUCGCUCAUGAUGCUGCUCCGAGUAUACGCGAUGUAUGAGAAGAGGAAGGCCAUUGUCGCCUUCGUUGCGCUCGUGCUCGCGCUCGAGCUCGGGACUAACGCCUGGCUGCUCACAAACGGGAUCGCUGUGCAUCACACCCCCCACAUCAAAGGUUACCAAGCUUGCACCAUGAUCUUCGACACGAGCAAAGUUAAGGGAGUCGCCGCCUCCGCCUCCGCCUGGACCCCGCUCGUCUUCGACACGCUCGUUCUUGGUCUCACAAUGUACCGCACCUACAGCGGGAUCCGAAAGCCUACUGUGGGCCGGACGAUGUGGAUCCUGCUCAAGGAAGGUGUUAUGUAUUAUAGCGUAAUCUUCUGCGUCACCCUCGUCUUAACGCUCAUGAUUGUAUUCGCCCCACCCGGAAUCCAGAAUCUUUGCGCACAGAUGGAAUACCUCCUGACCGUUGCGAUGAUGUCGCGCAUCACCCUGCACCUGAAACGCGCCGCGCACAAACAGGACAGCCUCGGCUCGACGUACGACCUCUCCUCGUCGUCCAUGAUGAUCUCGAGCGGCCGCCCCGGCUCCCCCAUCGCCUUCGCGCCUCGCCUGCCAACUGGGCACAGCCUGAACACCGCGUUCAACAUCUCCAUCCAGUCGCAGACCGUCAUGCACGACGACCACGGGGAGGAGCUCUCCGACAUGCCGCGGCGCAAGACGUCGCUGCCGCACGCUCCGGGGCUGGCGCACGUCGUCACGCCGCCGCGGACCACGCGCCGUCCGGGGAGGGCGGGGCAUGGGCCUGGGGAGUGGUACGAGUUUGCGCCGUUGAGGUUCCAGGCGGAUCGGGAGCGCGAGUUGGAGCGGGAUAGGAAGGUUCGUCUGGAUAGAGACGAUGUGUAGAGAGGGCAUUGUGAUGAUUUGAUAUGUCGUUCUUGAUGAGGAGUCCAAAGUUGACAUGUAUUGUACGUUGUGUGUUCGUUGUGAGUAUACUGUAUCUUGCGCGUAGUACAUGACAGUCUACACCUAGUAUUGCCUCGACACUAGUACUGACUUAUGAUAUCCAUGUUCUGUCGUCGCCGAGCGAAUGGAGAGAUA